AUGGCCGCGAAGUCGGAUGGAGCGGCGGCCGCGGCCGGCCCGGGGCCGGAGGGGGCGCCCGGAGCGGCGCGGGGCAGCGCGGGCGGGCGCGAGGAGGCGGCGGCCGGGGCCGGGGCCGGGGCCGCGGCGGGGGCCGAGGCGGGAGGCCCGGGCCCGCGGUACGAGCUGCGGGACUGCUGCUGGGUGCUGUGCGCGCUGCUCGUGUUCUUCUCCGACGGCGCCACCGACCUGUGGCUGGCGGCCUCGUACUACCUGCAGGGGCAGCGCACCUACUUCGGCCUCACCCUGCUCUUCGUGCUCCUGCCCUCGCUCGUCGUGCAGCUGCUCAGCUUCCGCUGGUUCGUCUACGAUUACGCCGAGCCCGCCGGGGCCCCGGGGCCGGCCGUCAGCACCAAGGACAGCGCCGCGGGCGCGGGCGUCGCCAUCGGCACCAAGGACAGCGCCGGCGCCUUCAGGACCAAGGAAGGCGGCUCCGAGCCCGGGCGCCCCCGGCCCGCGCCCUCCUCGGCCCGCCACCGCCGCCGCUGCUGCCGCCUCUGCGUCUGGCUGCUGCAGACCCUCGUCCACCUCCUGCAGCUCGGCCAGGUCUGGAGGUACCUGCGCGCCCUGUACCUGGGGCUGCAGAGCCGCUGGCGAGGGGAACGGCUGCGGCGCCACUUCUACUGGCGGAUGCUGUUCGAGAGCGCCGACGUGAGCAUGCUGCGCCUCCUGGAGACCUUCCUGCGCAGCGCGCCACAGCUGGUGCUGCAGCUCAGCCUGCUGGUGUACCACGGCCACAAGCCCGACCUGCUGCCCGCCCUUUCCACCUCUGCCUCUCUGGUGUCCCUGGCCUGGACGCUGGCCUCCUACCAGAAGGUACUGCGGGACUCAAGGGACGACAAGCGACCCCUGUCCUACAAGGGCGCCGUGGCCCAGGUGUUGUGGCAUCUGUUCACCAUCGCAGCCCGAAGUCUGGCCUUUGCCCUCUUCGCCAGCGUCUACAAGCUGUACUUUGGCAUUUUCAUUGUGGCCCACUGGUGUAUCAUGACCUUCUGGGUCAUUCAAGGGGAGACGGACUUCUGCAUGUCCAAGUGGGAGGAGAUUAUCUACAACAUGGUGGUGGGCGUCAUUUACAUCUUCUGUUGGUUCAACGUGAAGGAGGGCCGCAGCCGCCGCCGCAUGGCCCUGUACUACUGUAUCAUCCUGCUGGAGAAUGCCGCGCUCACUGGCUUCUGGUACUCCAGCCGCAACUUCACCGACUUCCACUCACUCAUCCUGGUGUGCGUGGUGGCCGCCAGCUUCGCGCUGGGCAUAUUCUUCAUGUGUGUCUAUUACUGUCUCUUGCACCCCAAUGGGCCCAUGCUGGGGCCCCAGGCACCUGGCUGCAUCUUCCCAGAAUCCCCAGGGCCUUGUGGCCCACCAGCCGAUGCUGUCACAAGUCCCCCGAGGUCCCUGCCAAGGACUACAGGCGCCGAGAGGGAUGGGGCCUCAGCGGCGGGUGAGCGUGCAGGGACCCCCACGCCACCGGUCUUCCAGGUGCGACCUGGCUUGCCUCCCACGCCAGUGGCCCGCCCCUCGCGGACAGAGGGGCCUGUCAUUCGGAUUGACUUGCCUCGCAAGAAGUAUCCGGCCUGGGAUGCACAUUUUAUUGACCGCCGGCUCCGGAAGACCAUCCUGGCUCUGGAGUACUCCUCACCGGCCACUCCUCGCUUGCAAUACCGCAGCAUGGGCACCUCCCAGGAGCUGCUGGAGUAUGAGACCACAGUGUAG